UGUCAUUCCACGUGACUUUUUCUGUCAUCAUGUUUCCGAUUUAUCUUGUCUGUGUUCUGACGCUCUUCAGCGUUCCCUGCGUUCAUUCAGCCAACUACCUGAUUGGUGCAGGCAUUUACGACAUCACCGGCCCUGCAGCAGAAGUCAACAUGAUGGGUUAUGCGAUGUUGGGUCAACUCACGAAUGGCAUUCAUUUACGCCUCUUCAGUCGAGCUUUCGUAAUCGCCGACGCUCAAAACAAGACGAGAUUUGCAUUUGUAAGUCUUGAUGCUUGCAUGGGUUCACAGAGCAUCAAGCUGGAGGUGCUGAAGAAGUUGAAGGGCAUCUAUGGUUCACUGUACACGGCCGAGAACGUUGCUAUAAGUGCAACGCACACACAUUCGGGACCUGGAGGCUAUCUGCAAUACGUGUUGUUUGAUGUCACUUCACUUGGAUUUGUUAGUGAAAGUCUGAAUGUCAUUGUGGAUGGAAUCAUUGAGAGCAUUCGAAUGGCUCAUGAUAGACUCCAACCUGGAAACAUCUUUUUCAACAACGGCACUCUUCUAGAAGCUAACAUCAACAGAAGCCCUUCCGCAUAUGAAUUCAACCCAGACAAAGCACAUUAUGAGUACAACGUAGACAAGCAGUUUGUACUAUUGAAGAUGGUCGAUGAACAAGGACACGGAAUUGGCAUGAUCAACUGGUUUGCCGUUCACGGUACAAGCAUGAACAACACUAAUGGAUUAGUCAGUGGCGACAACAAAGGUUAUGCAUCAUUUCUUAUGGAACAGUAUAUGAACGGCAAUGGAACAAUACCAGGACAAGGGUCCUUUGUUGCUGCAUUCGCUCAAUCCAACUUGGGAGACGUAACUCCCAAUACUCGUGGUGCCUUUUGUGCCGACACUGGACUACCCUGCGACUAUAAUCAUAGCACAUGCAAUGGCAGAAAUGAACUAUGCAGAGGAAUUGGUCCAGGCAAGGACAUGUUCGAGAGCACUGCGAUUAUUGCACGGAAGCAGUUCGAAAAAGCUUUGGAAUUGUACAGUUCAGCAAGUGUUCCUGUUACUGGUCCCGUCGACUUUCGACAGGCUUAUCUAGACAUGAGAAACUACAGUUUUGAAGUUGAGGGGAAAACGGUGCAUACCUGUCCUUCUGCUAUGGGAAAGUCAUUUGCUGCUGGAACAACGGACGGUCCAGGAGCAUUUAACUUUAUUCAAAACGACACAAAGGACGACCCAUUUUGGGAUAUAGUUCGUAACUUACUUCAUGAUCCGUCUGAAGAACAAGUGAAGUGUCACUAUCCCAAGUCAAUCUUGCUUGACACUGGAGAGAUGCAUGAACCAUACGACUGGCAAGCAUCUAUUGUUGACACUCAAUUGCUUCGAGUUGGACAGUUUGUAAUAGCCCCAGUGCCUGGAGAAUUCACGACGAUGUCUGGUCGACGUUUCCGUCUUGCAGUUAAUGAGACUCUCAAGGCGGCUGGAUUUCCAACCAAUAGCCAAGUGGUCAUUGCUGGACUUACCAAUACAUAUGCUGACUAUAUUACAACGUUUGAAGAAUAUUCGGUCCAGAGAUACGAAGGUGGCUCAACCAUUUAUGGUCCUCACACUCUGAAUGCAUAUAUUGAUCACUACAAGAAGAUGGCUAAUGACUUGGCUACCGGUCAUCCUACUCCUCAAACAACUGCUCCAAAAGACCUUGUCGAUGUACAGAUCCCGUUUCCUCGUCCUGUUCUAUUUGAUUCUCAUCCAUUUGGUAAACACUUUGGUGAUGUUAACAAGGAUGUCAACGGAAGCUACAAGGCGAAUGAAACGGUUGUCGUUCAAUUCUGGAGUGGCAAUCCUCGCAAUAAUUAUAUGACUAACUCAACUUUUCUAACUGUUGAGCAACUGCAGACUAAUGGAAAGUGGAAAGUUUUCCGCACUGAUGCAUUUUGGGACACCAAAUUUCAUUGGGCCCACACCUCAGCUCUGAGUGGCGAGAGUCUGGCAACAAUCAGCUGGGACAUCGACGCAACAGUGCCAGCAGGAUCCUACCGUAUCAGCCACUUUGGAUAUCACAAGCCACUGUUUGAAACUCCCGAGCCAUUCAACGGGACUUCUAGUAUCUUUAAGGUAGUAGUUAGCCCCUAGUGUUGGCAUCCAGGUAACCUUGAGCCGCAUGCAAUGGCUCUGUUUGAAUGUUGUAUUGCAAGAACUUAGCUAGGGCUGAUGUAAUCUACUUACUGAUUUCUACUUGUGUAGUUUGGGAAUGCGAAGGGAAUCACAAGUCUCACUUAUAAAAAUCAGAGAGACAGAUAACGUGACAGAACGCACGACACGUGUGAACCACUUUGACUUCUACAGUGGCACGAAAUGUUGUGUGUGUGUGUGUGUGUAGAGAAAUUAUGAAUACUAGGUUUGUGAAAAUUAAUUAAUUAAGACUGUA